AUGGUUGUUAUGAUGGAUUGGGAUUCAGAACACGAAGGUAACACAGACCCAUUUUUUGGUUUACGCGAGCCUUUCUCUGGUCUUAAUGAGAUGGAUUUUGAGCUUCAUGGCAUCUACAUGGAUCAUGAACCAGACGAAGAGUUCAUUACUCCACUGGACAAGUGUAAGGAUGCAUUUCUUAAUGUGUUACUAAGUGAUGAAAAUAUUAGAAACUCUAGUUUGACUAAUGAUGUAAGAGCACAAGUGUAUCAUCGUGGUGACUUGCAAAGUGAUGAAGAUGAAGAAGAGCAAGAACAGGUGAUAAACAAGUACAGAUUACAUGAUCCAAAAACAAGAUGGGACAAAAUGGAACCAAAACUUGGUGACAUUUUUGAGAAUGUUACACAACUGAAGUUUUGUAUCCAAAACUACGCAGUCCACAAUGGGUAUCAACUCUACUUUGAGAAGUGUGACAGUACAAGAAUAGUUUGGAAGAGGUUUGGUAGUGAUAUCAGAUCAACACAAGGGUCUGCUUGA